CUCGCAACGCGAUAUGGCCUCCGCUUCUACUGCUCCCUCCGCCAAGAUGCCCGAGGAGGUUGCCACCGUGUCCGAUGCCAAGCGCCCGCGUCCCGCUUCGAACACCGGCGGGCAGAUCCCCCGCUCGGUUCCGGCGGCCAUGAAGCUCCUGGGUCGGACGCGCGAGUCCACGAGCGCCGGGCCCCGGCGCGGGUACUUCGCCCUGACCGCCCGUCAGAUCGACACCGACCCGCUCACCCGGGUGUCGCUGGCCUUCUGGUCGCCGCACCGCGAGGCCGGAGCCCCGGCCGACUUCAGCCCGGCUCUGGUGAAGCGCAUCUUCCAUAGCGAGCUGGCCGCGUCGAAUUUCUCCCCCGGUCGACUCAUUCCCCUGGAGUUCUCCCAGUACCUGGAGCGCUUCCUGUGGCCGCACUUCGACGCGGCCACCGCCUCCAAGGAGCACCUCUUUUCGGUGGUGCUCAUGGUGAAUGAGAAGUUCCGCCAGUCGGUUUCCGAGCCGUGGGCCGUCUUCGGUGCUGAGCCUUCCGACAAGUUCACCGCCUUCUUCCAGGCCCUCCUUCGUGAGACGCUGAGCGCGCAGAAUACGCUGCAGAUUCGCUCGCAGCUCCUGCUCUUCCUCACGCGUGCCUUCCAGUCGCUGGAGAACCCUCUCCUGCGUGCCGAGUGCCUUAAGCUCGUGUCAAUGGGCAUCUGGGUGUCCCUCGAGCCGGCUCGUCGGGAGUUCCUCCUCGCCCGCGAUGCCACUCUGGCCAAGCGCUGGUCGCGUCUUGAGCGCGCGCUCAAGAAAUCGGACGAUGACAAGCGCCAGCAGCUGACCUUCGAGCGGACCUUCCUGUCGGCCCUGCUCAAGAUGCUUGCCAGCCUGGUGUCCGACAUUGACACGGUGUUGGACCCGCAGACUGCCGUGGUCGAGGCACUCGGAGCCCCGGAGUCCGACGCUGCCACCGAGGCGCCCGGCCGCAAGCGCCGCAAGACCGAUGACGCCGCCGCGGCCGAGGCCGAGCCCAGCGGCCACACCCUUCAGCGGCAGCUGGCCCGCUCGGCCACCCUCUUGUCGCAUGCGGUGGUGCUGGUGUGUCGGGUGCUGGAGCUCUUCGUGGACCUGCUCGGGCAGAUGCCCACGCGGCGCUUCACCAAUGCCCUGCUGGACGAUCACCUGGCGGUGGUCCUCUGCCAGACGUCGCAGCUGUUUGCCCAUGGCGCAACCGAUGUCGACGAUGAGGACGGCACGGAGGGGACCCUCCCCGGUGGGCUGACCCCCGUCGAUGCUCGGCUCUUCCGCGGCAUGGUCCAGCGUCUGGCGGAGCUGGCCCGGGCGGACAUUGUCGACGAUCUGACCGGCGCGGCCCUGUCGGCGGACGCGGCUGCCGCCCGGCAUGGCGCGGCGGUCGGUCGCCUCCAGGCCGCCGCCUUUGCCCUGGACCCGGAGGGCUUGCGUGAGCUGGCCCUGGGGAAUUUGUCGCGGGUGUCCGGCACGUCGGCCGCCCUGCGGCGUCUGCUUCAGACACCAGUGGGCUCGGCGGUGCCGGGCGAGGCCGGCAAGUCGCCGGACUCGCUCUGGAAGCGAACUGCCGAGCUGGCCCGGCGCCUGGGCCUGCGCACGCACUUCCCCCACACCGGCCAGCCGCUGCCCCUGCGUACGCUGGUCGAGGCUCUGGUGCUGAACUUCGCGGCCGAUGUGGCCUCGGCCAUUCGCGAGGCCGAUGUCGAGGGCGGGUCGCUGCUCCCGUCGGAGGUCACCCUGUGGGGUGCGCCGGAGCUGAGCGACGCCCCGCCGGCCGGGGACCGGCCCCUGCCGCUCCCUCGCCUGAAUCUGCAGUUCCUCACGAUCCAGGAUUACCUGCAGCGGAAUUUCCACCUUUUCCGCCUGGAGGCGGCAGCCGAUGUGCGGCAGGACAUUGAGACGGCCGUUCGGCGUCUGUCCCCGCGCCUGGCCGGGCCCGGGGCCAGCCUCACCGCCGGCGGUGCCAUGGCCACGGUUUUCGGCGGCUGGUCGCGCAUGGCCAUCCCCAUUGAAACCUUCACGGUGGAGGAUGUCGGCCCGCCGCGGGUGGCCGAUCAUCGGCCGGAAUUUGUCCGCGGCCGUGUGUCCUUCGACUUGGGCCGGUGUCGGCUGGAUGUGCGCCAAGAGUGGGAUGCCCUUCGCCAGGGGGACGUCCUGUUCUUGGUCACCGUGCGUGCUCGGUCGACCGAGGCGCCGGUUUACCAGCCCCCCGGCACCCCGGGGGCCCUGCCCUUCCCCGAGCAGUUUGGCGUGGUGGCCGUGCGCGGGUGCAUGGUGACCGGCUUCUCGGAUCACUUUGGCGACGAGGCGCCGCCCCAAGGCCAGACCGGUGGCGGUGGCGGUGGCGGGCCGUUCGACCCGCGGCAGGAUGUCCCUCCCCGCCGGCGUCGUGGCUUGCGCCGGGUGAAUGUCCUCCUGGACCCUGACCAGUAUUAUGCCGAUGCGCAGCGGCAAUUGGCGAGCUCGCAUUCGUCGCGCCGCCGGGCGCGCGCCCAGCGCCGCCGCACGCAGGCCGGCCUCACGGCCGGCGGCGGCGACGAUGAUGCCGCUGCCGCCGCCGCGCGCCAGCUCCUCGAUGCCGGGGACGAUGUCUACUCGACGUUCAACAUCCUGGUCCGGCGCAAGCCCCAGGAGAACCACUUCCGCGCGACGCUGGCCACCAUGCGCGACAUGAUGGAGCAGGUGUCUCGCCAUCCGGACGUCGUGCCGGAUUGGCUGCAGGAUGUCUUCCUCGGGUACGGCGACCCGCGGGCGGCACAUGCACUGACCGCGGCCGAGGCCGGCCUGCCGGUGCAUCCGGCUCUGACGCCGGCUUCGGAUGCCACCGGCCAGGCCGAGGCCACCCCGGCCGAUGCCAUGGAACUUGACGCGCCGUCGGCCGACUCGUGGCUGGACUUCCGCGAUACCUUCCUGGAUUUGGACCACCUGUUUGCCUCGUUCCCCGGGCGCGAGGUGCUCUUCGACCGGUCGGAUCUCAGCCGGGCGGACCAGCUGGCGGUGCUGGCCGCGCGUGUGGCCGCCAAGGAUUUCGACGCGGCCACCAUCGGCACCCUGGCCGAUCCGGCCAAUGCGGUUCCCCUGCCCGGGGACACCCUCUUCCGGGUGCGCUUCGAUGGCCCGGCCAAGCAGGUCCACGUGCGGGCCUACCACCCGCCCCCGUGUGGCCCGUACCCGGCCGACGCCCGUCGGCGCAAUGCCAUCCGCUUUACCCCGACCCAGGUGCGCGCCAUCCGCCAGGGGCUUGAGCGUGGCUUGACCCUGGUGGUCGGUCCGCCGGGGACCGGAAAGACCGACGUCGCGGUUCAGCUGCUUGCCUCGAUUUAUCAUAACUGGCCGAACCAGCACAUCCUCCUGGUCACACACUCGAACCAGGCUCUGAACCAGCUGUUCGAGAAGAUCAUCGCCCUGGAUGUGUACGAAGGCCACUGCCUGCGUCUGGGCCAUGGUGAGGAGGACCUGGCCAGUGAUCGGGACUUCAGCAUCUCCGGCCGUGUGAACUUCUUCCUGGCCCGGCGCCUGGCCCUGCUUGCCGAGGUGUCGCGGUUGGCUGUCUCGCUGCAGGUUCCCGGGCAUGUUGGCUACACAUGUGAGACGGCCAGCAACUUCUUCCGCCUGCAUGUGGGCCCCCGGUGGGAUCGGUUCCGUGCGGGGCUCGCCAGCCUGGAGGCCGAGCUCGGCCGCCAGGCCACCGACUCCCUGCCGUUGGAUCUGUCCACCGCAUCGGCCGAUGUCCUGGCCGCGGACCGGUCCCUGAGCGAGUACAUCCGCCGGGAGUUCCCGUUUGCCGAGUACUUCGCCGACGCGCCGGAGCCGGUGUUCGGUGCCACGCCGGCGGAGCUCACCGCGCAGGAGGCCUGGACCGCGGUGUCGGGCUGCUUUGUCGGGCACUUGGAAAAGGUGUUCCGCCAGCUGGCCGACAUCCGGGCCUUUGAGCUGCUGCGCACCGGUCGCGAACGGGGCGACUACAUCCUCAUGAAGGAGGCUCGCAUUGUGGCCAUGACUUGUACCCAUGCGGCCCUCAAGCGGGCGGACCUCCUGCGCCUGGGGUUCCGGUAUGACACGGUGCUGAUGGAGGAGUCGGCUCAAAUCCUGGAGAUCGAGGCAUUCAUCCCGCUGCUGCUGCAGGAUCCGCAGGAUGGCCGGGGCCGGCUCCGGCGCAUUGUGGCCAUCGGUGAUCACAACCAGCUGCCGCCGGUGGUCAAGAACCAGGCCUUCCGCCAGCAGGGCAACAUGGAGCAGUCCAUGUUCACGCGGCUGGUCCGGCUCGGGGUGGGCACCGUGGACCUGGAUGCGCAGGGUCGUGCCAGGUCGUCCCUUCGUGCGCUGUACGGAUGGCGCUACCAGUGCCUGGGGGACUUGCCGCAUGUUGUCGAGCGUCCGGAAUUCCGCCUGGCCAAUGCCGGCUUCGCCACCACGGCGCAGUUCAUUGAUGUCGGCGAUCUGCAUGGCCAGGGUGAGACCGAGCCGGCGCCGGCCUACAUCCAGAACCUGGCCGAGGCGGAGUAUGUGGUGGCGGUCUUCCAGUACAUGCGCCUGCUCGGGUAUCCUGGGCACUUGGUGUCCAUCCUGACCACGUACAAUGGCCAGAAGGAUUUGAUUACGGAGUUGGUGCGCAAGCGCUGCGCUUCGAACCCGCUUUUCGGCAUGCCCGGAGCCAUUUCCACGGUCGACCAGUACCAGGGCCAGCAGAAUGACUAUGUGCUGCUGUCGCUGGUCCGCACCAAGACCGUGGGCUACAUGCGCGAUGUGCGUCGUAUGGUGGUGGCCCUGUCCCGUGCGCGCCUUGGUCUUUAUGUCUUCGGUCGCCGGGCUCUCUUUGAGGGAAGCUUCGAGCUGCGGCGCAUGUUCCAGCCGCUCUUUGAGGCCUCGUUCGCGGCACUGCCGGUGGCCGGCGCCCCCGCCACCGACAAGCUGGCCGAGUCUGAGCCCGAGCCCGAGCCCGAGGCUGAUGUUAAGCUCGACAGCGAGGGGGAGGCCGAUGCCGAGGCCGAUGCCGAGGUCGACGAUGAGGGCGAAGCUGAUGCCGAGGCCGAGGGCGAUGCCGCUGCCGAGGCCGAUGCCGACAUGACCCCGGCCGAUGGGGCGCCUGCCCUUGCCGGCCCGACUGCCCUGGCUCCCGCCGUGCUGACGGACCCCUUCGCUCGCCGGCGUCUUCCCCCUUCGUACUUGGUUCUGACCAAGGAUGAAAUCUUCCCCACCACUCGCCCCGACCGGGCGUUUGGCUCGCUCGAGGCGCCUCCCAGCCGCUUUGUCAUCAAGAAUGUUGUUGCCAUGGGCGAGUAUGUGCACCAGCUCGCCACCGAGCAGAUCCGGCAGUAUCGCGCGGCUAUUGAGGCGGCGCGUGUGGCUGCCUCCUCUGCGACCGAUGGUGCGGGUGUUGCCGCCGCUCCGGGGGCGGAUUUGGCCGAUGCGGCUGCCGCCGCCGCCGCAUUGCAGGCCGCCGCUCCCGGGGACUUGGCCAUCGGCGAGGCCAUCCUGCCGGAGGGGGCUCAAGAGGAGUCGACCGACGGGACGGCCUCCGGGGCCUUCCAGAUUGUCGACAGCAGCUCCGAGGAUGACGGCUAUGACAGCUACGACACGGAUGUCGAGGGCAGUGCCUCCGAGGAGGACGAGGAGCAGGACCAAGAGGAUGACGGUCAAACGGCUGAAGGCUCCGCCGAAGAGGACUGAGCUCCUCCGGUGCUGCCCCCCGGCUCCAUGGUGUCACGCGUCCUUGUGUCUCCUCCGCGCCUGGGGCUACUUGCUUUUCGAGCGUGGGGGAAUGCCCAGCCACAUGUGUGAUUCCGGGGAAAAAAAAAGCAGCGCGACAGCCAAUAGAAAGCCCACUUCCUCUA